AUGGGGAGGGACGACGGCGAUUCUGCCGAGUUUCGCGCGUUUCACGCGACGGUGAGCGCGCAUUCGCUGACGAGAGAGGCGGAAUUGGAGCUCGGGAGCGUGCACAGGGAUUUUGGGUUGGAGUUUCGGCAAAGCGUGACGACGCGGCUGGAUUCGGGCUUCGCCGCGCCGACGUCGCAGUCGUGGUCCAUCGGCACGCCGGUGAAGCCGUUUGACGCGUUUAAAAUGUUACACGGCGCUGAAGACGACGACGUGGAGAAGUCGGGCGAAGCGAAGGCGCGCAAAGACGACGAGCCACCGACCGCGCGAACGUCGAGCGCCAAGUUUGCGUUUGCGAGAAACUUGGCCAAGCCGUCGCCUCGCCUCACGUUUACGGCGCACUCGAAGCCGCCGUCGAACGCGCGAGCGCUUGAUUUAAACUUAAGAGCGACGUCGAACGCGCUCGACGCGCACGCACUGCGCGUCGUCGCUCGAACUCGUCUCGGGGAAUCGCGCGCGCAAGUCGCGGCGCGCACGAAAUUUCGCGGCGGCACCCACGGCGUCGACCUCGAGCUCGGUCGUGAUUUCAAGCCCGCGUCCUCGACGACCACGAUCAAAGCCAUCAUCAAGGCCUCCGUACCGCUCACGAAGUACGCCCUCAAGCUCUCUCGAGACGGAAAAUCCCGUCUCGCCCUCGAGCUGUCGCCCGCCGAGUGCGUCGUCGACGCGCGACUCCGGCCUCGCGGCGCGCUCGAGCUCAGGUUCGGCAUCAAGCACCCGUGCGCGUUACCAACGACGGCCAAACACCAUAGCAUUAGCGUAGGUCCUAGAAGACGCGCGGCGGACGACGGCGGCGACGCUUUCGUCGCCUUCGCCGUCGCCUUCGCCGCGUGA